CCCCGUAUAAGAAACCCUUCCCCCAUCCUCGCCACCGCCGCCACCGCCGCUGCGUCUUCUUCCCCGCGCGUCCUCGCUCUCCGAUCCGAAGGUAAGAUGGCGGUGCCGUUGCUGACGAAGAAGAUCGUGAAGAAGAGGGUGAAGCAGUUCAAGAGGCCCCAUAGCGACCGCUACCUGUGCCUCAAGCCAAGCUGGCGCAGGCCAAAGGGUAUUGACUCCCGUGUCAGGAGAAAGUUCAAGGGAUGCACCUUGAUGCCCAACAUUGGUUACGGCUCUGACAAGAAGACCAGGCACUACCUCCCUAACAAGUUCAAGAAGUUUGUGGUACACAAUGUCUCUGAGCUGGAGUUGCUCAUGAUGCACAACAGGACCUACUGCGCUGAGAUCGCCCACAAUGUCUCUACAAAGAAGCGCAAGGAGAUUGUUGAGCGUGCCGCGCAGCUCGACAUCGUGGUCACGAACAAGCUUGCCAGGCUCCGUAGCCAGGAGGACGAGUAGACUGUUCUAUCUUCAGUGUAAUGUUUUGGUCUGGUUUGAUGAUACGAAACUGUCCCACCUCCAAGUAUUCUCCUUCCAAUCUUUGUGGUACUGAGAAAUAUAACUGUUAUGCCAACGUUUUUGCUACCAGCAGCUACUCUAAUGUGGCCAAAUCUACUAUUGCAUCAUUAGUCUAUAAACACUGUCCGCAUUUCGCA